CAGGCCCAGCUCGUUUGAUAAACAUGUAAAAGCUAUAAAGAUAAGCCAUAUGCAACUUGUUCCAUCUUCUUGUUUGUAACCCUGCCUCGUCUUAACUCGUCCUUUAACUAAAUUUCAUCUUUUCUAUCCUGCUGUCUUUCUUUCCUCUAUCCUGUUCAAAAAGAAAUGCACACAAAGAUAAUGAAGAUAAAGAUCAGCCUCAAAUCCAAAAGGAGUUUAUUCAAAUAUGCACCCAGUGAAGCGUCAUAAGCUCCUGUUGUAACAGUAACAUCCGUCCAAUACUAGAGGCCCUCAGCUCUCAUCUGUUUGCUCAGCUGCUGGACAGGAUACAUAAAAAACAACAAAAGUGCCUCAUGAUGCUUCUGUGUGAGGACGGUGUCAGCGUGAUGUAGCGAAGCAUCAUCUGUGACAGUAGAUGGGAGGUUAGCCGGCUGACAUCAACUGGAGUUUCAUAAAGCAUUUGAACAAAUAAAAGGUGAAUAUUUUCAUCUGUGAUACUUUAAUGAAAUUAGCUUUGAGAAAUACUUUUCUUUUCCCUUUUUGUAUUUUCUUUUUAUUUUACUGAAACAUCCUUCCGUUGUAAUUUAAACAGAGGAAUCCGAACUGUGGAUAAAAUCUUGAAACACAACAAAGCUUAAAGGAAUGUGAGUCAUGAAGUUUACUGUCUGGUUCUGGGGAGCAUAAUGUGAGUCAGAAACCAUAAAACUCACAGUCAGCAUGUGUGGAACAUGUCCUAUGCCCAAAUGAAACACUUACGACCACAGAUCCUUGCAAACCCAGCGGAUUGUCUCUUUUUUCCAGCGCUCUCUGCCCACCCUUCCCUCCUUCUUUUCCAUGAACUCCCUCCCCUGCCAUCCUCUGGCUGCUGAUAGGCUGUUUGCUGCUCACAGCAAAGUUGUUUUGCAGCUGGAGCUGCAAAAACUGACCACAGACACAUGGAACAACUGGAAAGCAGAAUGACGUUAGGCUGAGAGCUUUUGACUGUUUCUCAGCUUUACAAGUGAAGCAAAGAGAGGGAAGUAAAUAUGAACAAGUGGAUCCCAGAAUGCAUCAGGAAAUACCAACACCUUGCUGAAAAAGACACAAUCGGAGCUUUGUUUUUGGAUUUUGUCUUGGAUCCUGUGAGGAGACGUUUGAUGGGAUUAUUGGUCUUCUAAGGGGAUUGACGUCUGUGCUCCUGGAAGGCACAUGCACGUGAAGAUGGUCAAACAUGUUAUAGAUGAGAUCAUGCAGCAGGACAUCAGGCCCCUGCUGGCAGUGGAUAUCAUCGAGCAGCUUCAUCGGCAGUUCGCCCUGCUGUCAGGCGGGCGAGGAAAGGAUGGAGCACCCAUUAUUAUUUUUCCUGAGUACUCAGGCUUCAGUGACGUUCCUGAGGAGGAUUUUCUCAACGUCGUUACGUACUUGACCAGCAUCCCCAGCCUGGAUGCUGCCAGCAUUGGCUUCAUCAUCAUCAUGGACCGGCGGAAGGACAAAUGGAGCUCCGUCAGGGGAUGUUUGUCCAGGAUCGCUGGGGCUUUCCCGGGACAUCUUCAGCUGGUGUUGGUGCUUAGGCCGUCCAGGUUCUUCCACAGGACUGUAACGGAUAUUGGGAUAAAGAUGCACAAGGAUGACUUCAAAAUGAAGAUCGUGAUGCUGAACUCACUGUCAGACCUUCAUGGUUACGUGGACAGAAGCCAGCUGACGCGGGAGCUUGGAGGAAGCCUGGAUUAUAACCACAGUCAGUGGAUCCAUCAUCGAACUGCUAUAGAAAACUUUGCCAUGACGGUGAAAUCCACUGCCCAGAUGCUGCAGCGGUUUGGUAAUGAGCUGGCUGAGACGGAUCUUCCCAAAGACGUUCAGAGCACCAAAGACCUGCUGGCUGCUCACACUGACAGACACAACCACCUCAAAGAUGAGCUGAAGCUGGCCCUUCGACAGGGCUCCACCCUGUCUGGUUGUAUAAAGGAGCAAGCUGCCAAGUCAGAGAACCAUGAACUCAACCCAGAUGAGAUGGAGAACCAAACCACAGUGGAAAGGCUGAUGGCACAGUUGGAUGAGACCGACAACGCCUUCGAGCAGUUCUGGAGUAAACAUCACCUCAAGCUGGAGCAGUGCCUGCAGCUGCGCCACUUUGAGAAGGACUUCAGAGAGGUCAAAGUGACUCUCGACGGUUUGAUGGACACUUUAAACACACUAGCAGACACUGCUGACUGUGCAGCCAGAGUGGAGCUUCUUCUGAAGGAGCUGAAAGCGCUGGAGGAUAAAGCAUCGCCCACGCUGGAGAAAGCGCAGCUGCACGCGCUGCACGGCGACCAGCUCAUCCAGAGUAACCACUACGCGGUGGACUCCAUCCGGCCCAAAUGUGUGGAGCUGCGGCGGGUCUGCGAUGACUUCAGCAACGAAGUCAUGAAGAAGCGAGAUGUUUUGUCCAAAUCCCUGCAGAUCCAUAUCGGCAUCGACAAGGUAAACCAGUGGUGUGAAUCUGGUAUCUAUCUUCUGGCCUCCCAAGCUGUGGACAAGUGUCAGUCACAGGAAGGGGCGGAGUCAGCUCUGACGGACAUUGAAAACUUUUUGGAGUCAGCAGAGAAGAACCAGCUUACAGAACUGAAGAACCUCCACAACCAGUACGAGGUGGUUCUGUCCGAGGACCUGAAGGGCAGCGUCCAGAUGGUGCUGAAGCGACUGGAGGAUGUUCAAGAGAUGUUUGAGAAGCGCCAUGUCAGCCUUAAAAGACUGUCAGCCAAACAGACCAGACCCAUUCAGCCCGUUGCUCCGAGGCCCGAUUCCUCACCCAAACGUCCUUCAGUCAGAAACCCCCCAAGGAAUACAGGGAGUCAGCAAUCUUUCGCUCGAAGAGCCUCUGAUAACUCAAACACUGGUAGACAGGCAGCAGACGUUGAUCCCAACAAGAAGAAAAACAUUCGCAAGAACAAGGCAGGAAUCAAGAUUGAGGUGAUGCACGAGGAGAGCCAGGGAGGCUCCACACACGUUGUUGUCCCCGCUGAGUCUGAGGAGAGUCUGUCCAGCAGACGCAGACACAUCAUGACUGAGUUAAUAGAAACAGAGAGGAUCUACGUGGAGGAACUGCAGAGCAUCAUGGAGGGCUACUAUGUUGAGCUGAAUAACUCCGAGUUCAGCCACCUCAUCCCCCCAUCACUAGAGAACAAAAGAGACGUGCUGUUCGGGAACCUCCCAGAGAUCUACGAGUUUCACAACAAGACGUUUCUGAUGGAGCUGGAAAACUGUGUGGAGAAACCCGAGCUGGUGGGAAGCUGUUUUCUGAACAGGAAGGAGGAGCUUCAGGUGUAUGAGAAGUACUGCCAGAACAAACCUCUCUCUGAAGUCUUGUGGAGACAGUGCGGGGACAGCCUCUUCUUUCAGGAGUGCCAGAAGAAACUGGACCACAAACUGUCUCUGGAUGCCUACUUGUUGAAGCCGGUUCAGAGGAUCACCAAAUACCAGCUGAUGCUAAAGGAGAUGCUGAAGUGCAGUAAGGAUGAGGGAAUGGUGGAGCUGGAGGAGGCUUUGGCCACCGUCAUCGACAUUAUCAAGUCUGUCAACGACUCCAUGCACCAGAUCGCUAUUACUGGUUUUGAUGGAAACCUGAGUGAGCUGGGGAAGCUGCUGAUGCAGGGCUCCUUCAACGUGUGGACCGACCACAAGAAAGUCCACAGCAAGGUGAAGGACCUGGCCCGGUUCAAGCCCAUGCAGAGACACCUGUUUCUGUACGACAAGAUGCUGCUGUUCUGUAAGAGGCGAGAGGACGCCACAGAGGGCUACGAGAAGACGCCGUCCUACAGCUUCAAACACUUGCUUAAGAUGAGCGCUGUGGGGAUCACAGAGAAUGUGAAGGGGGACAGCAAGAAGUUUGAGGUGUGGUACAACGGAAGAGAGGAAGUUUACAUUAUUCAGGCUCCCUCCAUGGAGGUAAAAAAUACCUGGGUGUCGGAGAUCCGAAAAGUUCUGACAGGCCAGCUGGAAGCAUGCAGAGAAGCCAGUCAGCUGAACAUCUACAGUUCACCCAUCAGGAAUAUCCGCAAAAUGGCUCUCCGACAGUCGGAUUCCUCAAGUCCAGAGCUGGGCUUUAGGAGGACGAACGCUGGCCCGAACAUAAGGCAGAAGAAAGCCGACACCUCAGCCGGCCGUUCGGGCCACUCGGCUGUUAAUGCCAGGAAGCACUUCUCCUUGCAAGCCCUUUCCAACCGAAGGUCUCUUCCCGCAGAGCCUGCUGCUAAGGAAGCAGAGGUCCCACGCCGCUUCUCUCUCACAUCCUCGCUAGCCUCCUCUUCUUCCAUCAACGCUCGCAGAACUAAAGGUUCCCUCUCUGCUAGCAUAAAAAGCAAGAGACAUGAAAUAAAGAGUGAUCCAACUCCAUUUGGGUAUGAAGAUACUUUGCGUGGUGCUAUGGCAGCAGUGAGGAAGCGCCAGAGUAUGACUGGCAGCACCGGUUCUGGUGCUGGUGGCACUCCAGCUGUGCCUAGAUCUACCUCCCAACCAGGCUGUGUGCAGCAGCGUCUUCUUGCCAUGGACACAGAGGACUUUGAGACGAUUCCCUCCAGCGCAGAGGAGUCCUCCAACUCUUCAGAGGAGGAGAGCAACAAUAAAAAUAGUAAGCGGGUGCAGCUGACCUACGCGUCCUGUGAAGCGAGAGACCUUUCAUUGGGAGGCAGUGACCUGGUUCAGUUUCUAGAAGAAAGCGAAAAGGGAAACUGAUGUCCUCAGUGAUCCCGGUGCAGCAACCCUCUGUCUCGUUGAAGAUGGAUCUCAGGACAGCUAAUGAAAAUGCCUCACUUUGGGUUCAUUUGACUGGAAACUUUUGUUCACAGGUCCCACACCUGAGUAGAAUCGUGGAGUUGUAAUAUCAAGCAUUUGCCUGGUCUUCUUCUGCUCUAGAGUUGGACUUUUAAUGUCUUACUCACUGCUGGAGCCUCAACAUUUUUGAAUUUCACAGCUGGAGAGCAAUAUUGGCUGUUAAAACAUGGAAACAGCAGCUGAUAUCUAUUCAGAACUUUUGACUAUUGGAUACAGAACAAACAGAAGAAUGUACAUCAUUUCCUUCAUUUAAUUUGAAGUAUUUAUUCCAAUAGGAAUUGUUCUGGAGGUAUUUGUGUUUCUUCAUUCAUGUUUUUCUUGCGGUCAUGUUCAGUAAUAAAGAAGUGGCAUGUCCUCAUAACGUCUUCUUAUUAGGAUCCCUUAAAGUACUCCAGCUUCUCAGAAAACAUGCGAGCAUGUAGCAUGAAGGAGGGCUUAGAGAGGUGUACUGCUACCUCAAAGCAGAGAGCUCACCUCUGCAGGGCUGCCUCCGCUUCCUCAGGAUGACAGAACAGACAACACACUAAACAGCCAAAGCAGUCAAACCUGUCAGUGUCCAGUGAUGCUGAUCCUUCAACUUCUUAUUCAGCGCACUUUCUCAGAGGAAAUUGUUUAGGGAAUCUCAAUCUUUUGUGCCUCACUAGUCUUUACCUUCAUGACAACGCAUUGUGAUUUGCUCAUUCUGAACUGAGGCUCGCUGUAUUAUAUCAUUGAAAGAUCAGAGUGCUGAAAAGAGGUCAUCUCCUUUCAAAAUGCAGAAUUUGACCACUUUUUUCAUUUUUUUAAUGCUGUCAUUUUCAGCCACACAGUUUGUAACAAACAAUUCUUGGAACUAAUCAAGAAAGUUUUUGCUGCAAACAUUUUGUUUUAUGUUUCUAGGAAAGUUCUUUGCAUUUGUUGCAGGUUUUUAUAUGAUGAGAUUUUAACAUGAUGCAUGGUGGGAUGAGGGGUGGGGGGAGGGGGGUGAUAGGCACUUUGGUCCACCGUGUGUAUAAAGAAAUAUCAUUAGUGAUCUAAGAUAUUUGUGCCAAACUGCUGUAUUAUUAUUUUUUUUUUAUAUAAUUUCCCUUCUGCAGCCUUUGACUGGUUUUCAUGUCUACUGCCAGACUUCGGAGGGAGGAGGGGCUGUUUCUGUGAUCAAAAAUCACUAAAUCACAUCAAAAGUCUACAUGAUAUUCAUUACGGCCAUGAAAAACCAAUACAACACUGAUCAAUCAGUCAAUUAAACCUAAAUAACUGACUGCUGAUUUGACACGAUCCGCUCCUCCAGGACAAACUGUAUGCUAGAUUAUAUUUGAUUAAUCUUUAAGGAAGAAUGUUGUAAUAUUUUGAAUGAAUCUAUUGCAGUUGUACUGCAUCAUGAUGCUGUCCUGAUGGCUGUUUCUCCAAAUAAUGGAAUGUUUUAAGCUUGUUUAUUUUGUUUGUCACUGCUGUGUAAAUAUUUAUAUGUUAUGAUAUGAUUUUUAUAAUACAAACAAUUCAAUUUUGCUUCUUUUUUGACAAGUCUAUUAUUCUAUUGUACAUAAAUAAAAGUUGUACUAUGUGGACAAGAAUA